CAGCAAUUGAAUUUUUAAGACGGGUCUUACUCGAGAAUAACAGCGAAGCUCAAGUUUGCCUAUCUCCCAUGAAUUGGCACGUCUACCUCCAGAAUCAUGCUUCUCCAAGACUGCAAAUUAUCCGAGAAGAAACACUGGUAGUCACUGAAGAGAACAAAGUCAUGACACUAGAAGACCUAGCACUACAACCGUUAGAGCUCAGAGUGAAUUACGUUCAAGAGUUUAUUAUACGUUUGCUGUCUUCCUGGUCUGGAGCUGAUGUCGCUGAACUCGACUUAAAUGUUGGACUACACAAAUAUGGAAUUGACUCAAUUGCCGCAACAAAUAUGAAACUUCAAAUAAAAAAUAACAUUGGUGCCACAUUUGAAGUAAGUAAUUUUAAUAUUUUUAUGACCGAGCGAAAGCUGCCUCAAAAUCAGUCUCGUUCACUUUGGGAAAAAAGAAAUACAUGAAUAGGCCUACUUAAAUAUUUAUUGAUAGAUGGGGAUUAUGUUUAAGAUAUUGCUCCUCACAUUUAAGGCUUUUCAUUAGCUGGCUCCAUCGUAUCUAUCGGAACUUAUUACAAUUAUUACGCCCGGUCGUUAUAAUUUACGUACGUCUAACAAUGGCCUUUUGUUAUUAUAUCCUCGUGGUAAAUCAAAGAAAACGUUUGUGAUCGAUCGUUCAUGGUUGCUGCGCCAACUUUAGGGAACAGCAUUGAGCCUUCCAGCCAAGAUUUGGGACAUAGAACGGUUAUCUCAAAUCUUAAAACAUAUCUAUUUAAGAAAGCUUUUAUUAGAAAAUAGAUAAUUUUCUAUUUUAACCAUUUCUAUGUAUAAUGUUUUAUAUUAGUGAACACUUCUAAUUUAUUAACUAUAAUUUUGUAAUUAAGAAACUGUAGCUAAACUAUGUACCAUUCUAUUUUAAUGCGCAUAGAACAUUUUUAUGAAUACGCGCAAUAGAAAUACAAUCUAUAUAUUAUUACUAUUAUUACAGCAGAUCAGACUGAAGAGUUUAUAAAAUCGGAUUAUUUAUUGGUGUACGUACGGGAACGGACAAACAUUUUCCCAAUACUGAUGGAAAUUGCCCGACAUUAUCCUGCAUGUAUUUAUUUAUAGAUUAAUAGAAGGAAAGUUGAAGGAACACGUGCAUCUCCUAUACAGAUACACGGAAAUUACGUGAAUUUUAGAACAAUUUAUACAAAAUAUUAAUAUAAACAUUAAUAACUUUUGGGAUUUCAUUCUUUAGAUGAUACAUCGAAAACUCGUUACUCAACUGCCUGCAAUAUUUGAAUUUAAUGAAACAAAUUUCAAUAAUUCUGUCAUUCAGUUUUUCUUACUAAACAUUAAUAUCUCAACAUUAAUAUUAUUUGAGAUGCUGCUGCUGCGAACUUGCCACCUUUGGUUUGGUUUGCUAGUCAAAUACAUGCAGGUCAAGUCGGUUCGAGUAGCCUGUAGGCGAUGUUCAGGGGCGUAGCACGACCUUUUUAACUGGGGGGUGUAACAUCUAAGUUUUACCGACCCACGCACCACGAGACGCCACCAUGGUUGGCGCCGAGCGGAAAAUUUUUGAAAAUAUGGAGUCUCUAGAUCGUUGGAAAUGGCAUUUUCAGAGCCUUCUGCACCUUAUACACACAAGGUUUGGUAGCUUUUAUUUAUAUCAAACAAAACCAUAUUGUUGACGUUGAGUUAUUUUCGAAAUCCGCGAGAAUCCGUCAGAUAUUAACAAGCUGUGAGACUGUGAGUGUGAGCUCACCGUGAGGUUUUAUUAGAAUCCGUGACCGCCCCUUAUACGCUACAUAUAACAUAUACAUAUACCAUAACAGCUAUACAGCAAUUGACAAAUAAAUAUUUCGGCGCGCGUUUAAUUUAAUGACACUUACCGUGACUUUAUGUCUCAAUCAAUUCCAUGGUUGCCCAUCCCCCCCGGGCGUUUGUCGGGCAUUCUCAACUGUACUUGUUCCCAGGGUCGGGCAUUUGCUUUCUGCAGGUUAGCCCCAGGGUGGGGAAUUUGCUCGAGGCGAAAAAAGUCAAAUAUUUAUCGCUUGUUUCGCCAUUUAGCCGUACUUUAGUACGCAUGUUUAUACGAGCGUACGUAUCGCAAAUUAAUCAUGGCGGACAUACACAAGACUUUUUUCUUGUCCAUCCUGUUGAUACAUUGACUUACUUCUGCAGUUUGAUAUUGCUAUAUAAAGUUUUGAGACUUCAAUAUUUUAAUUAAAAACGUUUUAAAACGAAAUGGCUAUAGAAUCGAUUUUAAAUACAGAUAUAUUGAUAUGAGAUAGAGCUUGGAUUCGAUUUUUUGGAUCAGAAAUCCUCAGAAAACUUAUAUUUUGUCCCCAAGGGUGGGGCAUUUGCGUCAAUGUAAGUCCCCAAGGGUGGGGAUUUUGUUGCCUUCUUUGGACCCCAUACUGGGGCAUUUGCAACGUUUUUUCGCCAAAAUGACAAAAGCCCGACAAACGCCCGGGGGGUUGUUGGGCACCCAUGGAAUUGAUUGAGACAUUAGUCAGCCGUCUAGAAAUAACGUAGAACCAGAAACGUAGCAAACGCUUUAUUAAUUGGAAUAAAUGAAUAAUUGUUGUCUUUGUUACUUCGCGAUAAGUCAUUUUACCCAAUGACAUUUAUCUUGUUGUUUAUUCUAAUGAACAGACUUGAAAAAUUGGCGAAACAUUUUAUGAGCACUGCGUGUCAAUAACAAAUAUAUAAAUAUAAUCUUUAAUUCUUUUGCGUAUCAUUGUAUCAAGGUCAAAAGUUUGCGCACAGUUGAACAUGUCCAAUCAGAACCGACUGUUUUCGCAGCUCUUGCAAGUGUAAUACGAUAGGAAAUUAGGGGCUCCAAUGAGUAGACAUUUAAUAUAAGUGUUUUAAUACUGACGAAUUACGUACAUUUUGCAUAACUUUAUUGGAGAACAAGGCACAACAUUAAUUUAAUUUUUUUUAUUAUUACAGCCAUUUACCGAGGAGCAAAAUUCCACUUUAACCGAUUUGUUUUACCGACCGCUGUCAUGGCUCUUGCCAUUACCGAAUAACUUCGCGUUUUACCGACUACAUCACUAAAACUGGGGGGGGUGUCACCCCCCACACACACACACACACCCGCACGCUACGCCCCUGGCGAUGUUCUAAAACUCAGUCCAGUUGCUAUGAUAUGCAUUGAUCUCGUAGCCUUGGUUGGUAGAGCAUCGGACAGACAAACAAAGGUCUCGAGUUUGAUUACACCGUCAAUACAAGCAAACAUAUCAGCAAACAUGUCAAAAAACUUGAGUAAAAUAAUGAACCCAUAGUGACUCAAUAUAUUAAGUAAAAAUUACUCAAAUUUCCAGAAUAAAAAUCCCACUCGAAAAACAACAUCUUUUUAGUGGGUUGAGACUUCCUAGAAAGCAAAAAGAAACAUUUCAGCAACAACGUUUCCUAUAUUUAGGUGUUAUUGAUGGUUUUGUAUAAACACCUCUUACUAUCAUUUCUGCAUUAUGCUGACACUUUUCCUUAAAUUAACAUUUAGACAUACUAUUUCAUUCAACCAAAGACGAGUGGUUUAACCAUUGUCAAUGAUAUCCUGGAACAGAUGAACAACAAAAGCACCACUUGUGACGAAGAGGAUUCUUCAGGGAAUGAUAACCAAACAAAAAUCUUCAUGUCAAAAAAUGAUACCGAAGACGCAGAGGAAGCAGCUAUAGGAAGCAAUGAGCAGGAGCUUCAGUCCGUUAGAACAAACAAGGAGAAAGUUGUUCCACUCUAUACUCCAGAUGACGCAGUUGUGAAAGUAUUUAUGAUUCAUGGCAGUCAGAAAUCAGCACUUGCAUUAGCAACAUUUGCACUUGGUUUCCAACAGCAGGUAAUUCAUAUUCAUUUAAACUGAACCUUUUACAUUAACUAAGUUUUCAACAAAAUUUGCUUCAGAUCUAGGAACCUUUUUUGUGCUUCGUUAAAAUCGUACACAAUUCGUCGAGCAAUUCGUGAUUGCAAUAAAUAUUAAUUUUUAUACCGAAAGUUUUAGUGAUCCAAUACUGCAUGGCUGCUUUCUUCUGAUGCUACAGGAUAUACAGCAUAACAGUUGGCCUCUGUAGCUCAGUUGGUUAGAGCGCUGCACCGGAAUCGCAGGGCCGUAGGUUCAAUUCCUACCAGAGGACCUUGUGCUGCAUUUUUCGCGGUCGUUCCUGGUGAGAUCUUAAAAUGUAUAUAUUCUCACUUGGAUUGCAAACCCUAACAUUCUAAUAUUAAUUCCACCAAGUGAAGUGCAAGAAUCCAAAUUAUUGAAAUGCAAAAUACAUGCUGUGUAGGAAAAAUUAGUUUUAUAAUUUACCGACACUGCCAUGCACGAAACGAAAAUUUCGUUGUCUCAAGCACGAUUCGAACUCGUAUCUUCUGGUUUCUAAACCGCCGCUCUACGAAGACGAAAGCGUACUUGAAAAUUUUUGCCUUCUGCACAUUAUCUUGCGCAUACUGAGUUGGACGCCACUGGUGGUUGCUCAGCGUGUCUUCCCAUGUGUCGCUGUUUAUGAAUACUGAUCCUAAUUCUUGCCCUGACGCAGAAAAAAACAGCGAGACAUGAAACUAUAUCUCGUCUUUGUCCCUCUGCCUUCGUGUAGUACGAAGUUCACAACGAAUGCAGAAGAACGAAGAACGAAUGCGUUGUGAACGAAGGCAGAAGAACGAAGACGUAAUAUGGAUUCAUGUCUCGCUGUUUUGUCCUGAUCAUGGUAAGGAUUUGGGUCAGUAUUCAUAAUCUGUCUUCACCCCAGACCCUAAACUCAGAAUGCGCAAGAUAAUGUUCAAGACAGGCAAAAGUUGUCAACAACGUCGUCGUCCGACUUCGUUCUUUUGCUCAAACUCUGGAAUUGGUAAUGAGUCUUAUCCAAAUAAAGAGCACGAAAUAUUUUCGCGACGACUCGAAAAUUAUGAUAUGACUCGAAAAUUGACGUUGUUAUUUUUUAGUCUAAUUUGAAAGAUCAUUGAAAACUGUAGAAUGCUACUGUGACAGAUUUUUGUUUUCUUGCUUCGUUUUGGAGAUAUUUCAUUCACACGUGCAGAAUUACUUACUUUAAAAUGUUAUAUAAUUUUGUCACUAUGAAAUAAAAAUAAAAAACUAAUUUCAUAUUAUUCUAGAAUGAAACUUUUCAUACAUGUGUGUGGUUUGGUUUAAUAUUAUAUUGUAUCUCGUUUUAGACAAAUAUCGCAUUAUAUGGCAUUGGAGUGGACGAUGCGUCAUUUGAGAAAAGUGAUUACGGCACUGUUUUUACACUCGCCCAAAGAUAUGUAGAUUUUAUCCGAAAAGUCCAGCCACGUGGUCCAUAUUACCUCGGUAAGUAAUUUCACGAAAUGCUGCUUACACACGUCAUAAUUGUACGGCCACAGCUUGCUACAAAAUUGUUGCACUGAAUAAGCUGCCAGUAUAGAUAGUGAUAAUAACACCAGAAAAUUGUGGAUUGAGAUGGAUUCAACUACCUAGAAAAUGCAAGUAAAACGUCGACGUUUCGAGCGAAUGUACGGGAAGUCAGUGCAACUAACGACGAAGGACCCUCGCUCCAAACGUCGACGUUUUACUUGUAUUUUCUAGGUAGUUGAAUCCAUCUCAAUCCACAAUUUUCUGGUGUUAACUGAAUCUCAGCUGCUGGAAUUCAUUGUUGCCAACUUGUGAUCAAGUUAUCAUGAAAUCUUGACACGAGGUUGAUGUUUAAACGUAUUAUAAUUGUUUUUGUUUGUGGAAACACCACGUAAAUUUAUUACUGCAAAGCUUUCGAUCCGUAAGCCCGGAUCUUCAUCAGUGCUAAUAAUAUGAGCAAUUUUUUAAACGUAUUGUCGUCAAAAAUGUUAAUAUGUCACGCUACAAUAGAAAUGUUGCGAAACAACAUCGGGCAUUGUGGUAAAAUCGGGCAUUGUGGGGGGGGCGGGGGCGGUGGGGAGAGGUUCGCGAUAGGUCUAUUGAGUCCUUAUUUGUCAGCAAUUACAGUGUGGAGAAUCUGAAACAGAUAUUCCCUGAUUAUCUUCAUCAAUAAAUACAUUAAAUAUAUACUCAGUCGUCGUAACUAUAGUCUGACAUUUUUAUAGCGGGUUAUUCCUUCGGCGGUACGGUAGCCUACGAAAUGGCAAGUGAGUUAAAAAGAGAAUAUAAUGAAACAGUCGCGAUGGUGUUCAUGGUGGAUACGUUCCCAUGGUUUCCAAAAGCCUUGACAAACUGUACUGAAUACAUUACAAAGUGUGGAGAAGAGAACUUGAAGUCAACAAAAAAGCUUGUGGUAAAUAUACUGUCAUUUAAAAUCUGUUAUUAUACUGUAUAAUUUAUUCCAGUCACUGCAUGCGUUUUGAUUGGUUAAUAGCUUACGGCUACAUAUGGCAAUCAGGCAACGAACAAACUAGAAAAUACAUGCAUGCAUGCAAAAACCCUCGCGUUGCUGAAUUCCAAACAUGAAGUAUCAUGGUAACACGUUAAAAUGUUCUUAAAACUAAAAAGCAAACAAUACAUCAAAUUAAAAACAAAAAGUUACCUUCAUUAACGCCAUGUGCGUACUGGGCAGGGGCGGGGCAAACAAAGCCAGUCGGGCAAUAUUCGCUUCACAGUUGGGCAAUAUUGGCUUAUUAUAAAAAUAAAUGGGACAAAUUCUGUCAAUUUUGUGGGAAAUUCUGUCAGUUUUGUGGGAAAUAUGCUAUCUAAUAGGAAUUUUUCGUAAUCCCCCCCCCCCCCCCCCCCGUCGACAACAAUUUUGGAAAGUUUCCCCGGAAAAUUUUUUUUGACAACUCGGGCACAAUCCGAAAAAGUCGGGCAAAUUUCUUUCCGCCCCCCUAAGUUUUUCCUUCCCGUACGCCCAUGAUUAACGCCGGCGACUUUACUCCGUUCUUUUAGACGUCUUCAGGCGGUUUUUUGGCUCUCAAAAAGGUUUUGAAAUUUGAAAAAUCUUGCAAAAACACAAUAUAUUUGCUGAUUUGCAAGAAAUGUUUGUUAUUUCGCUGUCGUCAUUUGUCAUACAACAACAAAUUUUAAAUUUGACCAAUCAGUGUUCGCUAUUCAUGACAAUCCGCCACAUAUUUUGAGAUCAGUGAGGAUGACCACCCACUCAACACCGUUGGUCACCCAAGCCCGUGAUCAUUGAUGAACUUUAGACUUCCCUAAUGCUUUCGUUUCCCCGGGUGUAAAUAGCCGGGCGGAAUUAGUACUCUCGCCCCUGGCUUACGCCCGGAACGGCGCUCCACGCCGUUGGCUCAGGGAUAACUCAAUUUUUCUGCUGGCAGAUAACUGAGUUAUGCGUAGCUUGGGCAAGCUAAAUGUAAUUUUAUAGCAAGCGGCAGUUUUAAAUGAAGAAACAACAUAAACGAACGGCGAUUUCGUGAAUUUUUUUGCAAAAGCAGACCUUUUUGACAUUUUUAGCUAUCGAAUCUUCCCUAGAUAAAUGUCGAUGCAUCUUUGCCAUAUUGGUACGUUCUGUUCUGAUAAAUCGAUCAGUUAACCAGCCUUACAGCGAUUGGCUGAAGUAUUUGAGGCUUUCAAAUGCACUUGACACACAUGGAAGUUUUUCGUGAGACAAUGUGUUUGUCUGUGAAUGUUCAUUCUUAGAUGUAAACGACGGUUCCUAAACUUCCUUUAAUCAAAACAGACCGUUUUAAAAAUUCUUUUAUACCUAGUCAAGCAGCGAAAGUGACGUUGUAGUUUUUAGUGUAGUAAUAGUUUAAUUUAAUUAAGCAACAAUGCAUUUUAUAUCAAUUGUAAAUCAUUUGUAAUUCAGCCAUUUUUGGCUUCGUGUAUUGGAAAGUGACGUUGUAGUUUUUAGCGUAGUAAUGUAUUAAGCAACAAUGAACUGUAAAUAAUGAACUUAGUAUUUUAUUUCAUAUCAUUUGUAAAUAAUUUGUAAUUCAGCCUUUUUUGGCUGCGAUAUUUGAUUCAUUAAACUAUCUAUCUAUCUGGAUAAAUAUUUGUAUUUCUGUUUACCAAUAAACAUUUCUUCAUAUUUUUUCAUUUGCAGACAAGGCAAGUAAUCGAAAAAAUGGCUUUUGUUGGACUUGGUAUAACACGAAAAGAGGUGGAUAAUUUGUACGAAAAUUUAGGAGACAAUGAUGAAGUGAUAACCGCUUUGGAGAAUCAAGCUGCUGAAAAGAACUUGAAUUUUCCUUUGAAAGACCAAGUUGACACUGUUUUAUAUGAGAUAAACUCCGCUGCCAAGGCUCAUAUUGAUUGGCAACCUUCCAAGGUAUAGCUUACUUUGCAUCUUUCACUUACAAAAUAGUCUACCGACAGACGUACUUUGCUUCACAGCUCAUUUUUUAAAAGGUCUUGUUCUUCCAUUCCUGGCAGUUUGCCAUAUAUUUACUUAAAAUCAGCUGAGAUUAGUGAGAUCCUUGAUGAACUCUUAAUUGAAUAUACUAGUUUGCUGCCUCUCUCUCGGGCUUAAAUAGCCAAUGAGAAUUAGCGCUUUCGUCCUUGUUCAGAGAAUAUUUUUCUACUUCAUCAAAUACUUCUACUAUUGUCAGCAGAUUUGGUCAUAUAUUUGAGAUCAGUCAACUCAGCUUACAGUACAUGACUAUCAGCGAUAAAGGUUAUAUUUUGAGAGAAAGCGAAAUGAAGUAUAUCUCUAUUACAGUAUAUUACUAUUCUUCUAGAACCAGUUUUAAUUGCAUUGAAUGAAAGUUUCCACAAACUGCGACAACACGCAAGUCGCAGGAUAUACGCAAGCCUCUGAUGCGUAACAUUCCGAGUUCCUUGAUAUUGCGAAAAAUUAACAUUGAAUAGUACACGUGAAAAUGUCCAGGUGUGAAAAGUUGUAUUUUGAAGAAUCAUAAAACAGUUUAUUCAUAUUUCUCAACAGAUAUAUUAUGAAGAAACAAUAACAUUCAUAUGCUCUGAUGAGACCUAUCUGUUUUCGCUAUGGAAACCUGAUAUCUGGAAGUCGUUAGUUGAAAGAAUGGAUUUUCUUUAUGUUUCGGGAAGUCAUGUAGAACUGCUUGACGAGACUCGUGGCAAGAUUUGCGGAUCCAUAAUGAUGACAACAGCAGCAAUGAAAUAUCAGUCAGCAUUUUCAACAUUUAUACUCCAGCCGGUGAGAUCAAGACCUCAAGAGCGGUUGGCGGAGUCUCUCAAGCAAGGCUUUGUCAUCUGGAUGUUAUCAAGCCCAAGUAAGAGAAAUAUUUCUAUUAUUGCAAAGAAAUAAAUGUCACAUAACUAUACUACUAUCAGUGGGGCUUAGAUGGCGCAGUCGUCAGAACAGGGGCUUUUCACGUCUACCAGAGCUCGUGGGUCUCAUGUGAAAAGAUUCUGUCAACACUCUGCCGAAGUCCGGGUUUUCUCCAGCUCUUCGCUUUCCUCACACAAGAGGAACACAUAACUUGUACAUGUCACAGAAUCUCCCUUUAUGUUAUUUAAGGUUAAUAUGAGUGCAUGGGCUUGUACAACAUUAUAAAAGCCCAAGGUGGCGGUUUUCAUGUAUAGAAUAGUGUUCAGAUAACUUUAAGUGCAGCAAGAGUCCGCAUUUCACCGCCAUGCAUGUUUGAUUUUAUUCAUAAAAAACUCACGGAUCAUCACGCUUCACGGACUUGUUCAGCGAUUACUUUGAUCACCACCACCUCCAUUAAGGCCGGCGCACACUAGAGCUAUGUGCUUAGCAAAAUGUCAUUCGUGACUGUUGGCGUAAGGAGAUAGCUCUCGUGUGCGGGCGAUUUAGGAACGACUUUUGUCAUUCGUGCCACUUACGCCAAAUAUCUAACAUGUUUGAUAAUUUCUGCCUCGCGUGCCAAAAUCUUUCCGUGUGCGGCGAACGAAAGCUAUCUGCUUACGGAUUGUCGUAACAGCGCAUGCGUAGUAUACGAAAGUAAACAUCCAAGAUGGCGGCGCAAAAUGAAUUGCUGGCCGAGGCAAUUUUAGAGGACAAACUUACUGGCUAUUUCUUUCACCGCACAUUCCCUUUUGUCCCUAUUUCUAAAAUCUGCAGAACUCACAUCGUAUAAACAUUUGUAUUCAGGCCAAAGUUCGACAAGUUUGCCCUCUAAAAUUGCCUCGGCCAGCAAUUCAUUUUGCGCCGCCAUCUUGGAUGUUUAGUUUCGUAUACUACGCAUGCGCUGUUACGACAAUCCGUAAGCAGAUAGCUUUCGUUCGCCGCACACGGAAAGAUUUUGGCACGCGAGGCAGAAAUUAUCAAACAUGUUAGAUAUUUGGCGUAAGUGGCACGAAUGACAAAAGUCGUUCGUAAAUCGCCCGCACACGCGAGCUAUCUCCUUACGCCAACAGUCACGAAUGACAUUUUGCUAAGCACAUAGCUCUAGUGUGCGCCGGCCUUUAACCAAUCGACGGACAUAAAAGUUUACAACUUCUGAAUAUUUUUUACACAUCAAACAAAGCGAGAUACGCCAUAUUUUUAUGCAGUUUGAUCACUAACUCGCACCAAGUCGUCAAUUAAGAUUUAUGAGUAGUUCAAUCCCCAUUUGAUGGACUGGGUACCAUUCGGGUUCGAUCAGAUUUGAAUCCAUUCUCGUCCCCAAAGCCAUUUUCACUCGGUCACUCUUUAUUUAUUUAUUUAUUUAGCUUUGCCAACUAGGGCAGGGUCACCACAACAGCAUAUGCCAAUUACUGUGGGCCCUUUUUAACUAACCCACCCUGUCAACUUUCCCUGUGGGAGGAAACCGGAGUACCCGGGGAAAACCCACGGCUUUCGGCAGAGCGUUGACUUUUACUCUUUUCACAUGGGGACUGGGUUCGAGUCGCACUGAGAAGGUACUUAGUGAGACUCGAACCUGCAGCCUCAGAGGUGAAAGGCAAGUGCGCUAACCACUUGGCCACCGAAGCCCCUCAAAAAAAAUUGAAAAUUAGGCUCUGGGAUAGACGACUAAAGGAAGAGAUCUGAUUGGCUUCUCAGAGAACUGCUAUUUCGCAGAAGUUGAGCAGUUUUCGCUGGGCAAAAUUAUUCUAUCAACAUAUGUCAACACAAAUACUUCGUUUCGUCUUAAUACUUCACUGUGAAAAUUCUUACGGGUGCUAAAGUGUCCCAAUUCAAGAGCAUGCGCUUUAGAAACUACUGCAAGUUUUCUUACACUUUCGGUUCCGUGUGUCCCAGGGCCUAGGGAGGACGCACGCGGCCGAGAGGCCCUGGGGACGAGGAUGAUUUGAAUCGUGCCUAUAUAUCAUUAUAAUUUCAUUCAUAUGCACUUUAGCGUUAGUGAAACCUUUAUAAGUUAUCUCGGUUGUUCAGUGGUUUAUAAACAAUAUUCAAAUGAAACACAUACCUGUCCAAUACGUCCAAAAACUCCACAAUAUCCCCGAAAUUAGCGAGCACUUAUGUUUGUUUAAAACACGAACUCCCGUGGAACAAAAACUUUGGCCGCGCGAGCAGUUGUAAUAGUUGUGAGCAGUUGAAAUUAUAUGAUGUAUAUUAAACUAGAGAAAAACCCAUUUCCCCAAGUGUGGAACUGAUCUUUUGCAGUUUUCAUUAGUAUAAGUAUUAAUGAAGUGAAUUAAUAUUUGUAUUCAAAAUGCUGAGUAACGGCUCCCACUCCAGAAAUCUAUUUGUCGAUGGUCCCCAAUUGAAUAAUAUUAAAAACCAGCAACGCUAUAAUUGGUGCUUGCUCACAUGUAGGUUCCUCAACAAUGGUAAAAGGGACUCUGUGGUUAGAUUCUGAAGAAACAGUAUUUUGUUUUGAAAACAAGGCGCUUGGACGUCGUAAAAGACAAAAGAUUUUUCUCAAAGGUAAACUUGGUUUAGAGUACAAAUGAAUUACUUAAGGUGGAGUUACCCGAGCACAAAAAUUGCUGCAACUUGCAACAAAAUGUGAUUUCAACGCAUGUUAAGUAGCAAUGUCGUCACAUGUUGCCUUGUGAUUUGUAAUUUUUGCGCAACCCAAUAUAUAGAGAAAAAAACUUCUCCAAUCUUGUGUUAUGCAGUAGCACGCGGAAUUGUUGCAUAAUUCCAGUCGUUCUUUGUAUUGAACAGUUAGGUGAAUUGUGCUUUAUCGAUAAGUACUGCUUUCAAUAAUCGCAUCAUCCUUGAAAACACCAUGCAAUAAAAUUCAUAAUAAAAUCUGGACCGCAUGGCAGAUUUGUUACGUUCAUUUAUUUUUUUACUCAAAAAAUUCCCCCAAAUCCUCCCACUGAAAUGGUAAUAAUAUCACGAUAAAUACUGGGGUGUACCUCCGAUUUAAGCGUUAGGGUUUGCUUCCUCUGAAAACGGCCGUGGAAAUAACUUAGACUCUCUGAAAUGUCGUUUUAUAUACCAUUUUUGUUUGGGCGCGGGAUUCUGGUGGUCAGACAUGACGUGUAUAUUAGAUUUUGAUUUACUGUAGAUUAGAUUCUUUUGAAAUUGCGUGAAUUGGUCUUCGAGGGCUGCAAUUAUACUGAACAUGAUUUGAAUGUAUUAUUACCCAACAGGUAAUUUGAUGGAUACAAUUGCCAUUUUCAAUCAUUAUGAUUGUGCCAAACCACCCCCCCAAUCCUUUCGAAGGCUCCUAGUUAUUUCAUCCAUGGAUAAAUCAUGAACUAUUUAAAAGCUAGCAGCUUGUUUGGGGUUCCAAUUUUAUAAUAUCAAUUUAUGUUUAAGAACUGAGCAACAUCCUUCCAGGCCGAAACGUUGAUGCAGUCCGAAAGCACCAUGUCAACAAGUCUCACAUUGAUUCCCUUACAUGUAUGUUGAACACCAAAGGCAAGCUAUACACAUUCCGAUCUGAAGACUGGGGACAGUUGAAGCAGUUUAACGAUGCUUUGGAAGCUCUUUUUGGGAUACCGUUUACGCAGUGACAAGUCUGUGUGCAACCAAUUAUAUCUGCUAUCAGAGAUUUAGCUGCUAUACUACAUAUAAUUAUUAACUUUAACUUAAUAGUAUGGUUUUUAGAAAAAGUAUGGAAAACUGUAAGAAUUUGCAUUUUGUUUUCACAAUUCCUUCAAUUUAAUUAACAGAGGAUGUUAUAAGCAAUUAAGCAACGUUUUUGUCAACACGGACUGCUAAGGGGGAACUGGUCGGAUUAACAAGGGUGGGUUGACUACAAAAUUUGAGUUCGCUAUAACUACAGCUACUUCAAAAAUAUGUAGACAGCUACAACUACUGCUACUUUUGAACAAAGGUAGUUCGCUACUGACUACAGCUGUUGCUUAAAAAAUGUAACCUAUAACAAAUCAACUUACGAGUAGCAACAGUAAACACAAAGCAACAUUUUUGUAAGCACUACAGUGUUCAAGAGUGCAAAUUGACUAUUGAAUAUUGAUCUGCAAAACGUGUCUCAAUAUUCAUGCUAUUCUAUCAAGUUGCUAAUUUUAAAAAGUAGCGAAUAGCGAUUCGCUGUUUGAAAAGUAGUCAACUACUUGGCUACUUUUAGGCAAAAUGAAAUGUUUUAAAAAAGUAGUCAAAAAGUACUGGCUACUUGAAAAUUGUAGUUCGCUACAGUAGCGAACUACAACUACUCGCUACUACCAUCCUUGCGGAUUAAAAGCUGUGUUUCUGCCAGUUUGUGGUAAUCUUCAACAUAUGUGACAAAACAUAGGACUUUAAAGAUUUUUUGUUCUCGUACGCGAGUACGAGGCAAAAGCUGCCAAGAUUAGUUAUACCAAUUUUUCGGUGACG